UGUUCCCAUUCUUGUCGUGUUGCGAGUUGGAAGGUAGCUGCAGUCCUCGACAGUCAAGUGAAAACUUGCAAGGGGAACAGAAGAGAAAGGGUUCACUUAGCAAUCCAGCUUGUGGCUGGAUUCCGAGAGGGAGCACGUUCUGUACCGUUUCGUGUCGGUGUGAACGGGGAAGUGAUUGAAGUCAGCGCGAGUUUUUUUUAGUUUUAAUAUUUUAUUGUGUUGGGCUUACCUUUUGCUCGUGGUUCACUGAAAAUCUUCUCUGUGCAUUCCACAAGCGCAGUAUGAUUCUUCUGAUUCGCAACGCAACCUGAGCAGAGUCGCUCUCUUCGACCUCCUGAUCAUUUCGAACUUCUUUCCAGGACGUCCUGUACGUCGGUUGUCACUUGAGUCUCCGAAGGAUACUCAUUAUCUGGUGUGUUAGAUCGUAGUCCUGACUCCAACCCAUCUACAACAGAUCACUAUUGCAUAUUUUUACUUUAAGACACCGGAGAUGCUUGGAUAAUUAGAAAUCGGACUUACUGCAACUUCUUUGUUUACUGUGUCUUAUUCUCUGGAGAGAGCUUGAGACGUCCUGAAUCUUCCGUAGAACUCCUACAGUUUCUGGGCUUUGUGUAAUCACUCACCUUGCAGUCACUCGCUGAAACCCUUAGGAAAAAUAAUUGUGAACAUUCCUGCAUUCAUAUGUAGCAAUAGAUUCUCAGAUUGAAUUUGAUUCACAUCCAAGUCACGAAAGUCAUUGGUUUAUACUUGUUAUUUAGUUGUUCGGGGAAGGUUUAAGUUAGCUACUUAGUUAAUCUAGCUGAAUUUUCUUGCAUGUAGAUUGUGAGCGGGAGUUGAUAGUGUACGUAGGCUGAAUCGAUCACGAGAUCUUGAGCGAAGUGUUGAUUCCGUUGCACGAACACGCCAGUGGCCCAACCCAUGAAUCCUGUCGCUACGAAAGCAUUCAUGCAGGAAACUUCGAAUGACUUGAUACAACCUAGCACACUGGCUCGAGGACUAAGCGACAAUUACUCGGGGUUGCGUCCCGAGGUUGUGAAAUCCAAACUUCUGCGAGGCGCCACAUCUGGCUUAUCGGAGUUCAUCUGGCCGAAGGACCAAUGGCCCUCCGUUCCUCAUGACGAUUUCCAUUUGGCUCAGGAGCUACCCUGUGUCGAUCUAUCAGAUUUUCGAACCGGGGACGCGGAACAGCGACAGAAGACGGCGGAAGUGCUAGCAAAAACGUUUUCGGAAUGGGGAUUUGUGCUAGUAACUAAUCAUGGGGUUUCCGCGGAGAUCAUCAAGAGAAUGCAGAACCAAGCGCUCAAAUUCUUUGAGAUGCCACUAGAGCAAAAGGAGAAAGGGGUAGUUCCAAGCUCCAGCAAGUACGAAGGAUUCGGGUAUGGCGUCGAAAGCGGAUUUUACUACGCUGGCAAGCCCUGGAUCGAUCGUUUUCAGUGCCGCUGGAGCCCUGCUUGUGAGAUUCGCGAGCCCAUGGAGAAGGUGUUUUGCCCCUCCGAUGCCGAAGAGUUCAUUAAUACUAUAGAGGUAUAUAACAGCCGGUUGGAUAAGCUUGCCAGGAAAAUACUGGAGCUUUGUGCAAUCGGGCUAGGCAUUGCCGAAGACACCUUCACCAAGCCCUUCGGUGGUACCGCUGGCGACUGCAUCGCCCGCAUGAACUACUACCCUCCUUGUCCUCUUUCGUCCCUCACUUUGGGUCUCGGAGCGCACACAGAUCCCAACCUGUUAACGAUAUUAAGUCAAUGCGAAGUGGGCGGAUUGCAGGUUCUCCGGAACGACACUUGGAUCUCUGUGCAGCCGAAACCUGACAUGCUCAUCGUUAAUAUCGGCGACACUUUUGAGGCUUGGACAAAUGGACGGUUCCGAAGUGUGGAGCAUCGGGCUGUGGUGAACGAAUCAGCAGCUCGGUUAUCGAUGGUGUACUUUGCAUCACCUCCAAUGAAAGCAGCGAUUGAGAUACCGGGGCAGCUUAUCACAGCUAAUGACCCUUUGAAGUUCCGGCCGUCGUUCACUUGGGAGGAGUAUAAGGGCCAUUUACUCCAGCGACAUGCCGCAGGAAACGGAGUGAAGAUGUCCAAACAGUGGCUUCUAAAACCAGCAUCAUCGUCAGCUUCCGAAGAUGGCAAUAGACAGCGAUUCUAGUUCACAAGUCUUGACCUGUGGCAACAGAACCUGACGCCAAAACUUGUACCAUCCGACUGCUAGCAGGUAGUGAAGCUUGUCUGAUCAUGAUGCAUAUAUUCUAGCCUUAAUGCACCUAUAUUAUUGAAUCUGUUUUACAGCCAUUGGGGAACGUGAGAAAGAGAACAGAGCGCUCCGUGGAUAUGCCGCGGGCGAUUAUAAUCAGGAGAGUUUUAAUUCCUAGUUUCCACUCUAAUUAUUCAGAUUUCUCUCUCACACUCUAUAUACAUAUACAUAUAUAUAUAUAUAUGCACAUAGAAUUCCCCAAGUAUCCAUAGCUUUACAAAUUUCAGUAUUUACAACACUUUCAAGCCCACACCUAUGAUACUCCACAGUAUUUUGUAAGGAACAGUCUGGCAGAUAGGUUUCCACUGGAGGUGGAGGUAGGGUAGCUCUGGUCUUAACCAUUGCAGCAAUAGGAAUGUGAAGAUAGUACCUGCAGUUUGCCAGUGGUGUUGCAGGUUUCACUCAUGGCUUUUCCUGCCAAUUGUUCAGGUGGCAUGCACAAUCACAUAUCAUAAUGCAAAGAUUGUUACAGAGAUUACACGA